AUGAGAUCAAUGCAUCAAUCUAUAUUAGUCGGAAUCGGUACAGUUUUACUUGAUGAUCCGAGAUUACAGAUCAAUUUACUUCCUCCUUCACCCACCCUUCUCCCACCUCAACCUCUUAUCUUAGACCCCAAACUACGUUUUCCUUCAACGGCGAAACUUCAAAAAGAAUGGAAUUCUCGAUCGCUUCGUCCUCCUGGGUCCGUAUGCCAACCUUGGAUUCUGUGCGGGGAAGAAGUAUCGAAAGAACGUAUUUCUUCCGCGGAGGAAAAUGGUGCUAGGGUCAUAGCCGUUUCUCUUGUUGAUGGACGUAUUCCACCACAAUCAUUACCCUCUAUAAUGACGCAACUCGGUUUGAGUUCAGUGAUGAUAGAAGGUGGAUCCAGAGUCCUAUCUUCUUUCUUACAUGCUCGACGUCAAGAUGGAUCUUCUUUGGUGAAUAAAGUGGUGGUGACUGUUGCACCUACGUUCAUUGGAAAUGGUAUAGGUGGAGAGGAAGAGAGUUUGCCAGAAUUGAUCAAUCUACAUACUGAGACAAUGGGUAAAGAUGCUGUCAUGGUGUGUAAAGUGAGAUAA